AUGGGAAAGGAUAAUCCCCAAGCAAAAUCCUUAUAUCAGGCAAAUCUUAGACAGGCCCUGGUAGCAGGCGCCAUGGCUGGCACGAUUGUAGAUUCUGUCUUGUUUCCAUUAGAUACCAUCAAGACUCGUUUACAAGCACAAGCUGGAUUUGCAGUAUCUGGAGGAUUUCGAGGUGUUUACUCGGGUCUACUCUCAGCAUUUGUAGGCAGUGCUCCAAAUGCUGCUUUAUUUUUCGUCACAUAUGAAGCCAUCAAGAGAUUGCUAGGUGCUUCUGCGGAUGGGUCAUCACAUUCGCCGUUCAUUUUCAUGACAGCUGCUACAUGUGGUGAAAUUUCCGCAUGUACAGUGCGUGUGCCAACAGAAGUCAUCAAGCAGCGUAUGCAGAUCAAUCAAUUCAAUACAACGAUAGGCGCUGUGUCAAGUGUGCUAAAGACAGAAGGGCUACUGGGGUUAUAUCGAGGAUUUUUGCCGACAGUGGCUCGAGAGAUACCAUUUACAUGCAUCCAGUUUCCAUUGUACGAAUUUUUCAAAAGCAAAUAUGGGCAAUACAAAGGCGAACGAGUGGAACCAAUGGAAGCUGCCGUGAUGGGAUCCCUGGCGGGUGGUAUUGGUGCUGCGAUUACCACACCGUUGGAUGUGUGUAAAACUCGGAUUAUGCUCUCAUCCAAGAGUUCCAGCAAUCGACCCUAUACAGGCAUUGUAGAGACGAUGAAACGAAUUGUGAGAGAGGAAGGAGCUAAAAAGCUGCUGGCAGGGAUAGGGCCCAGAGUGAUGUGGAUAUCGAUAGGCGGAAGCAUCUUCUUGGGUGCUUAUGAGAAGGGGCUCAAGACUUUUACCCAACUGCAGUUAUUAGAGAAAUAG